UGCCGCUUCCGCCGCCGGAGGAGGGAGGGAGGGAGGAGGCGGCGGCGGCGGCCAUGGAGGGGAACCGCGAUGAGGCGGAGAAGUGUGUGCGCAUCGCCCGCGAGGCCCUGGCCGCGGGCGACCGGGAGCGCGCGCGGCGUUUCCUGCUCAAGGCCCAGAAGCUCUUCCCGCUGCCCGCCGCGCGCGCACUGUUGGACAUAAUCAUGAAAAACGGAAGCACUGCCGGGAGCAGCCCUCGUUGCCGGAAACUGUCAGGCAGCGGGGACGCGGCCAAGUCCAACAGCACCAAGGACAGCGUGUCUGGGGGAGGGGACGGCGGGAAAGGCUACAGCAAGGAGCAGAUGGACGGAGUGCUCAGCAUAAACAAAUGCAGGGACUACUAUGAGGUGCUCGGAGUCUCCAAGGACGCCGGUGAGGAAGACUUAAAGAAAGCUUACCGGAAGCUGGCACUCAAGUUCCACCCGGACAAGAACCACGCCCCUGGGGCCACCGAUGCUUUUAAAAAGAUUGGCAACGCCUACACCGUGCUGAGCAGCCCCGAGAAGCGGAAACAGUACGACCUGACGGGCAACGACGAGGACGGCGGCCCCCAGAGCCACGGCAGGUUCAGCUUCCACAGGGGCUGCGAGGCCGACAUCACCCCGGAGGACCUGUUCAACAUCUUCUUCGGCGGAGGCUUUCCCUCAGGCAGCGUCCACUCAUUCUCAAACGGACGGGCCGGCUACAGCCACCAGCACCAGCACCGGCACAGCGGGCACGAGAGAGAAGAGGAGAGGGGAGAUGGCGGCUUCUCUGUGUUCAUCCAGCUGAUGCCCAUCAUCGUGCUGCUUCUCGUGUCCCUGCUGAGCCAGCUGAUGGUGUCCAACCCGCCGUACUCCCUCUACCCCAGAUCUGGAUCAGGGCAGACUAUUAAAAUGCAAACAGAAAACCUGGGUGUCAUAUAUUACGUCAACAAGGACUUUAAAAAUGAAUACAAAGGAAUGUUAUUACAAAAGAUAGAAAAGAGUGUGGAGGAAGACUAUGUGACGAAUAUUCGGAAUAAUUGCUGGAAGGAAAGACAGCAAAAGACAGACAUGCAGUAUGCGGCCAAGGUCUACCGCGACGACCGCCUUCGGAGGAAGGCAGACGCCCUGAGCAUGGACAACUGCAAGGAGCUGGAGAGGCUGACCAGCAUCUACAAAGGAGGCUGAGCAUUCGGCUCCCCCCACAGCAUGCUCCGUCUACUUUCCCGUGAGUUUCGUUUCAUCAUGAGAGCAAACAAGGUUGGACGUUCAGAACUGAGCUGAGUAGUUGGUCCCUGAAAUCCUGGACUAUUUAUGCCCUACAGGUUCCGCCAAAUAGUAAGAACCUGAAAACUAAAAAGAACCUUCUAGCUCUGCUUCUGCGAUGAUUCCACUCGGACAGUGUAUACGACUCCUGCGUUAAGUGUCUCCAGAGAGGAUUCUCAUGCCUGUAGCAGUUUCUGGUCUUAGUGGCUCUCCAUGUCCACAGUCAUGUAAAUAGUUAUGAAGUGACCAUUGUAUGUGUAUAUGAGUUACUGUCUUUUUAUUUCUACUCCUUCAGUGUUCAGCUCCAUGAGACGCUUCAUUUUAAUGGAUGGAAAAAAUGAUGAUGAAAUUACAUUUUCCUUGUCAGAUGCAGAGGAUAUGGAGUUGAAACAAUGACUUUUUUUUUUUUUUUCCAAAGAGGAAAAAACAAAAACUGUUUAACUUUGUGUAAAAUCUUAUAGCUUUAUCACCAUAGAGGGGAUCAAUAUUUUUAAUAUUAUCAUUAUAUUCCAAGAUAUAUAUUGAGAUAAAUGAACUGGUGUAUGGUA